AUGGCGGCUCUGCAAAAGUUGCCACAACGCAGAAGGCUUAUCCGGCUCUGCUUUCUUUUGGUCGUCUUGUGGGAGGUCGGAGCCGGGCAGAUGCACUAUUCUGUGCCAGAAGAGAUUGACAAAGGCUCCUUCGUGGGUGACAUCGCCAAGGACCUGGGGCUGGAGCCCCCUGCCCUGGCAGAGCGUGGAGUCCGCAUCAUCUCCAGAGGUAGGUCGCAGCUUUUUGCUCUGAAUCCGAGAAGUGGCAGCUUGGUCACCGCAGGCAGGAUAGACCGGGAGGAGCUCUGCACUCAGAGCACGCGGUGUCUGGUGAAUUUUAACAUACUCCUGGAAGACAAAUUGAACAUUUAUUCAGUAGAGGUGGAAAUAACAGAUAUUAACGAUAAUGCCCCUCGCUUUGGAGUAGAGGAACUAGAGCUAAAAAUAAGUGAAAUGACUACGCCAGGAUUCCGAAUUCCCCUAAAGAGUGCGCAUGAUGCGGACGUGGGAGAAAACACCCUUCAGAAGUACGAACUGAACCCAAAUGACCACUUCUCCCUGGAUGUGCGAAGCGGAGUGGAUGGGAACAAGCACCCUGAGCUGGUGCUGGAGCUCGCCCUGGACCGUGAGGAAAAAGCCAUUCACUACCUCCUCCUUGUGGCUUUGGAUGGGGGCAGUCCGGUCCGAUCUGGCACCUCCCGCAUCUGUGUGACCGUCCUGGAUGUGAACGACAAUGCCCCUAUAUUUACACAGCCCGAGUACCGUGUAAGUGUUCCUGAGAAUAUGCCCGUAGGCACCCGGAUACUCACAGUGACCGCCACUGACACAGAUGAGGGAUACAAUGCCCAAGUGGCAUAUUUUCAAGAGAAAACCCUGGGAGAAACCCCAGAGGUAUUUGAGCUUGAGUCGACAUCUGGAGAUAUAGCAAUCACAAAGAGUCUAGAUUUUGAGGAUACCAAAGUCCAUGAAAUUGAUAUUGAAGCUCAGGAUGGUCCGGGCCUUCUGACCAGGACAAAGGUUAUUGUGACAGUUCUGGAUGUGAAUGACAACGCCCCAGAAUUUUACAUGACAUCUGCUACUAGCUCAAUUCCUGAAGACUCUCCCCCAGGAACCAUAAUUGCACUUUUCAAUGUACACGACAGAGACUCUGGGCAGAAUGCAUUUAUCACAUGUUCACUCCCUGAGAACCUUCCUUUCAAGUUAGAAAGAUCAGUGGACAAUUACCACCGACUGGUUACAACCAGAGCCCUUGAUAGGGAACAGUUUUCCUUUUAUAACGUCACUGUGACUGCUAAAGAUGGAGGGAAACCAUCUCUGUCCAAGGAUGCUUACAUUUUGUUGCAGGUGGCAGACAUCAAUGACAACCCACCCACCUUCCCCCACAUGUCCUACUCUGCCUACAUUCCUGAAAACAACCCCAGAGGUGCCUCCCUCAUUUCUGUGGUGGCCCAUGACCCUGACAGUGACGAUAAUGCCCAUGUAACUUAUUCUUUGACUGAAGACACUUUUCAGGGUGCACCCCUGUCCUCUUAUAUCUCCAUCAACUCUGACACCGGUAUCGUGUAUGCGUUGCGCUCCUUUGACUAUGAGCAGUUCCAGGAUUUGCAGCUGUGGUUGACUGCGUGGGACAAUGGGAACCCGCCCCUCAGCAGCAACGUGUCAUUGAGCAUAUUCGUGCUGGACCAGAAUGACAAUGCGCCCGAAAUUCUGUACCCUGCCCUUCCCACCGACGGUUCCACAGGCGUGGAGCUGGCGCCCCGC